AUGGAGAUCCGGCAGCACGAGUGGCUCGCGGCCUCCCCCCACGAGGGCUUCGAGCAGCUGAGAUUGAAAAGCCGCCCCAAGGAGCCCUCGCCCAGCCUGACCCGAGUGGGCGCGAACUUUUACAGCAGCGUCAAGCAGCAGGACUACAGCGCCAGCGUCUGGCUCCGCAGGAAAGACAAGCUAGAACACUCCCAGCAGAAGUGUAUCGUGAUCUUCGCCCUGGUCUGCUGCUUUGCCAUCCUUGUUGCAUUAAUAUUUUCAGCUGUAGACAUCAUGGGAGAGGAUGAGGAUGGACUGUCAGAAAAAAAUUGUCAAAAUAAAUGUCGAAUUGCCCUGGUGGAAAAUAUUCCUGAAGGCCUUAACUAUUCAGAAAAUGCACCAUUUCACUUAUCACUUUUCCAAGGCUGGAUGAAUUUACUCAACAUGGCCAAAAAGUCUGUUGACAUAGUGUCUUCCCAUUGGGAUCUCAACCACACUCAUCCAUCAGCAUGUCAGGGUCAACGGCUUUUUGAAAAGUUACUCCAACUGACAUCGCAAAAUAUUGAAGUCAAGCUAGUGAGCGACGUGACGGCUGAUUCAAAGGUAUUAGAAGCCUUGAAAUUAAAGGGAGCUGAGGUGACGUACAUGAACAUGACCGCCUACAACAAGGGACGGCUGCAGUCCUCCUUCUGGAUUGUGGACAAGCAGCACGUGUACAUCGGCAGUGCGGGCCUGGACUGGCGAUCCCUGGGACAGAUGAAAGAGCUUGGUGUCAUCUUCUACAACUGCAGCUGCCUGGUCCUCGAUUUACAAAGGAUAUUUGCUUUAUAUAGCUCAUUAAAAUUCAAGAGCAGAGUGCCUCAGACCUGGUCCAAGAGACUCUAUGGAGUCUAUGACAAUGAAAAGAAGUUACAGCUUCAGUUGAAUGAAACCAAAUCACAAGCCUUCGUGUCGAAUUCACCCAAACUCUUUUGUCCUAAAAACAGAAGCUUUGACAUCGAUGCCAUCUACAGCGUGAUUGAUGACGCUAAACAGUAUGUGUACAUUGCUGUCACGGACUACCUGCCCAUCUCCAGCACGAGCACCAGAAGGACUUACUGGCCAGACUUGGAUGGAAAAAUAAGAGAAGCAUUAGUUCUGCGAAGCGUGAAAGUUCGACUCCUUAUAAGCUUCUGGAAAGACACAGACCCCCUCACAUUUAACUGCAUUUCAUCCCUUAAAGCUAUCUGCACAGAAAGAGCCAACUGCAGUCUGAAAGUUAAAUUUUUUGAUCUGGAAAGAGAGAAUGCCUGUGCAACAAAAGAACAAAAGAAUCACACCUUUCCUAAGUUAAAUCGCAACAAGUACAUGGUGACAGAUGGAGCCGCUUAUAUUGGCAAUUUUGACUGGGUAGGGAACGACUUUACCCAGAAUGCUGGCACGGGCCUGGUUAUCAACCAGGCAGAUGUGUGGAACAACAGGAGCAUCAUCAAGCAGCUUAAGGAUGUGUUCGAGAGGGACUGGUACUCCCCUUAUGCCAAAACUUUACAGCCAACCAAACAGCCGAACUGUUCCAACCUGUCCAAACCCAAACCUCCCUCCAACAAAACUGCCGCUUACAACGCAAGUGGGAGAGAGCCGCUGAAUGCAUAACUGCAUAACUCGGGAGCCAACUGGCAGAGCAGCCCUGUGUUUCUUACAUAACACACUAAGGACCGGAGGAGAGAGAAUGAUUUACUAUGUCUUUUUUAGGGGGAAAAAGAAGCACACUUAUUAAAAAUGUUCUCUGAACAACAUUAAUAUCUAGCUAACAAUAUCAGCACUGUAUUUCCCUAAAUUUAAGACUUUUGUACUUGUGACCUCUGACGGAGAAUGUCAUUCUGGCUUAGAAGGUAGUUUCUAUUUGCAUAGGGAUUGGAAGAACUGAUAGGUGUUUCCCAUUGGUUCCCUUCUGGAGUGAGAACUUUCUGUGCUGGUCCACCUGGUCUGUUCCUAGAAGCGUAGCAUGAGGUGACUUCUGGUCUUUAGCACCUCUCCCCUGACAACGGCUGAGGUCCCAGAUUUUGCCUGGAGAAAACACAGAUAAGACCAAGAAUUUACCCUAGGAAGGUAUCUCCAAGACCUAGCCAGUCAGCUAAGAGUGAACACCUCACACCUCACGCCAGCCUUCAACACUGAAAAUCAGCUUUUCUUUUCUUUUUUUUUUUUUAUCUCCUUGAUCAUCUUCUGAUACCACAAGUGUUAUUUGAUAUAUUUUUCUCUUCUCACAAAAUGCUGUUGCUCUAUAGCUUCCCUAUAUUCACUUCCUGAGCUCUGAAUGGUAAUAUCUUAAAAAAUGUAUCGAUUCCUCAGGUUGGAUGCAAAAUGAAAAACUUGGUCUUUCAUUGUCACUUUUCAAGUGCAGUCUCCUACUGAAUUGGUGGUGUUUAAACACAGCCAGCAAUAUGUAUAGUUUUCUCAAGCUCAAAAACAAGAAAUGAGAAAUAGCCACCUGCUAAUAUCCAGCAAGCUAUUAAGUCUGCAUUUUGAGAAUAAGUAUUUUUUUCUCAUUUUUGUUGAGUUUACAGAUUAUAAAGGAAAGGUCUCUAUGCGUUGGCGGAUUUAAAUUUCUUUAGAAUUAUGCUGUUAAGAGUA